AUGGGUUCGCUGAAGAGCGGCAAGAAGAAGAGCAAAUCGUCCGCGGAGAGGGACGUGCACAGCGUCAGCAAGACGAAGAAGAAGAAGGACAAGCACGCCCCGUCCGCGGUCGUCGACGCCGUGGGGGCCGCCACCCCGCUGAAGGAUACCCCGUCGAAGAAGGCGGAGAAGAAGAAGAAGAUGAAGAGCAAGAGCAAGAGCAAGAAGGCCACCCCGCCGCCGCCGCCGCCGCCGCCCAAGGAGGAGUCGUCGGACGAGAGCAGCAGCUCGGACAGCGACUCGUCCUCCGAGGAGGAGGAGCACGCCCCCGCGAAGAAGGCCAAGACCGCCGUAUCGAAGAAGGCUCCCGCUGCUGAGAAGGACGACUCGACCUCCUCUAGUGACGAUGACUCUAGUGAGGAGAGUGACGCCCCCGCGCCGAAGAGUAAUGGCGCCGCGGAAAAGCUGAAGAAGGGCGCCCAGAAGAGAAAGGAUUCCUCUGAUAGCUCAAGUGAGGAUGCCAGCUCAAGUGAGGAUGACAGCUCGGACGACGAGAACACCGUAGCCAAGGGGAAGCCCAAGUCCAAGGGGAAGACUGCUCCCAAAGCGAAAGAAAGUGACAGCUCUAGCGACGAGUCGAGUAGUCGUAGUAGUAGCGACGACAGCGACAAUGACGCCGACGAGAAGAAGGUUGCAGACAAGGUCAAGGAGAAUGACGACCCCAAGGACAGUGAUGACGACAGCAGCAGCGGCUCCAGCAGUGACAGCGACUCUGACGACGAUGCCGACUCGAAAGCGGAGGUCGUCGCAAACGGCAAGGCUUCGAAUGGCAACGCCGCCUCUGAUUCGAGCUCCGACGACAGCGACGAUGACGACAGUUCUGACGAUGACGAAGACGAGGAUGAGGGCAAGAAAAAGCCAUUGACUCCCAUGAGCGUGGAGAAGGGCAAGCUUCACGACGACAAAAUGUUGGCUCAAGUCGGACAGAAGCGCGACGCUCCCUCUGCUGAAAAUACCCCCCAGCCUCACAAACGGCAUCAAGCUGCUGCCGGUUCAGAGGAAGAAGUUCGCGUCUUUGUCGGAAACAUUCCCUGGACAAUUACGGAGGAUGACCUUGCGGAAACUUUGGGCUCAUGCGGUGAACUCACUGACAUCUACCUCCCCCGUGACCGGGAGACGGAGAGGCUGCGUGGUUUCGGUUUUGUUUCAUUUUCAGAGCCGUCCGGCGCUCAGGCCGCCUGUGAAAUGGACGGCGUUAUGUGCAAGGGUAGGCCACUCAACAUUAACCCGGCUGGUUCCAAACCGAGCGGCGGCAAUAGCCGAGGUGGCUUUGGAGGUAGAGGAGGUCGCGGUGGUGGACGUGGCGGUGGGCGCGGGGGGUAUGGUGAUGGCGGUGGCUUUGGCGGCCGUGGUGGUGGUGGCUUCGGUGAUCGUGGAGGUGGCUAUGGCGGCCGUGGAGGUGGCUUUGGCGGCCGCGGUGGUGGUGGCUUUGGCGGCCGUGGUGGUGGUGGUGGUGGCUUUGGCGGCCGUGAUGGUGGUGGUGGUGGAUUCGGCGGCCGUGGUGGUGGAUUCGGUGGUCGAGGUGGCGGCCGAGGUGGUCGGGGUGGUGGUUUUGGAAGCCGUGGGGGAGGAUUUGGUGGUAGUGGUGGAAAGAAGACAACUUUCGGCGAUGAUAGCGACUAGGGGAAGGUUUUUCCUAUCUUCUACAAGUACAUAGACCGUGAUAUGUUUGUGCGCUUUUCGCAGAAGGCACAUUU